AUGGUGAGUGCUCGGAGUGCUCGGAUACCAAGAAUCAGCUCUCCUGUCAGCUCGGAGAAAACAACUGCUUCUGAGGAUUCAACGGAAGCUGUGGCACGACAACGUGCACAGGCAGCAGCGGAAGCAGUCCAAGCAGUGGCACAGGCCAUACCGCUACCUAAAGCUUCUGAGGAUUCAACGGAAGCUGUGGCACGACAGCGUGCACAGGCAGCAGCAGAAGCAGUCCAAGCAGUGGCACAGGCCAUACCGCUACCUAAAGCUUCUGAGGAUUCAACGGAAGCUGUGGCACGACAGCGUGCACAGGCAGCAGCAGAAGCAGUCCAAGCAGUGGCACAGGCCAUACCGCUACCUAAAGCUUCUGAGGAUUCAACGGAAGCUGUGGCACGACAGCGUGCACAGGCAGCAGCAGAAGCAGUCCAAGCAGUGGCACAGGAGAAGGACAGCAGGGACAGCAGGGACAGCAGGACACAGAGGAGUGCUGAAGCCUUGGCUCCUCCUGUGGAGAUUGAUGUGACGGUAGCGGCGUGCGCACCAGAGAGGGAGGAGCCCACAGAAGCAGCCGGGUCUGCAGCACCCACAGAGCCUGCGAGUCCUGCAGGCGGUCCUCGAGAAUCUUUGGAGUUUUCGUGGGCACCCGCGCGCCUUCCGGACCCAGGUGUGCCUCGACCAGAGGACUUGCUGAACACAAGCAGUCGGACGUAUAGCCGUCCGUAUGGUCAGUCAGUGCCUCCACCAGAGAUACAAGCGCCAAAGCAGGAGGGCCCGGAGCUCGCCUUUCAGAUUGCCAUGCAGCAGGAGCUAGAGCGUUCCUUGCAACUGGUCCAGCAACAACAAUACUCCGAGCACAUGCAGCAGCAGCAGCCUUUUCCCAAAGCUCGUGGAACUGUCAGGCAAAGUCGUCUCGAAGAGGUGGCGGCGGAGGUAGCUGGACUUGUCCCUCAAGUGAAUGCCAUGGUGGAGGGCAAGGAGAGCCAGGAGAAGCCAAUGGCUCACCCAGUGGAGUUGGAAGCGUUGCUCAAGCGAGCCAAAGACAUCCUGGAAGCCUCCAGGCUCACUGAGCAAGACCUUGAGGGUCUGGGUUGGCCCACCAGAGAGCUAAAGGCCAUCCGGGACUUGGUGAGCAGCUUGCAAAAGUGGCAAAGCUGUGAGCAGGCGGCCAAAGAGGCCUUGGGGCCGAAGCUAGAGGCACUCACUGACGUGGUCACUGUGCUCGAGCAGAUGUUCACUGCCUGGCGGAACCUCUCCACCUUGACGCAGCAAGGUGAUCCAGAGAGGAUACGGAUCAGGGCCGAUUUUGGCAUGAGGUCGCGAGCAUCUGCGAGCACUCCUCUUGUCUCCGCAUUGUUAGACAAGGCGAUUGCUCGUGUGCGCCAUGAGCCCGACCUUGUGGCAGUGCGGCGCCUCGAAGCCCUACUGAACUGGCAGGUGGAACUUGGCUCCAAGUCUGCCGCCUGCGAGCUGGGUGUGCUACCUUUCCUGGAGCAAAUGUUGAAAGAGCUAUCCGAGUGCCUGCAAGGCACGACUCGACUCCAAAGCAGCUUUCAAAUGCCAGGCAAUAGUACCCUUCUUUCGACCCCAGAGGUGCUAUGGCGUGCCAUUGUUCACGGAGACCUCGCGUCAGUAGAGUCCAUCAUCCGUCACGGCGGUUUAGUCUCUGGUCGGACGCAGGAUCCCAGUGGUCACUCGGUGCUGUGGAAUGCGAUUGCAUUUGAGCGGCCGGAGGUGGCGCUGUUGCUCUUGCGUUCCUUUCCGCCAGACAUGCUCCAUGGAGUAGCCCUUGGUGAGCUGCAUCAGCGCAACGGCAAUUCGUUGCUGCAUUUAGUCAGUAGCUUCCAGCAUUUCAACGCCCAGUGUGAGGGUCUUUUUGCCAUGCUCUUCGAACGCAUGCCUGAGGCACUGCGCAUUCAUCGAAAUCUGCAUGGCCAGUCGUUUCUUCACAUUGCUGCUGGGAGGAGGAAUCUUUGGAUACUGAGCUACGCUGCUUCACGUGGUUUGGCAGCACAAUUCUCAGUUGCUGACAGUGGUGGUUUGUCGCCGCAAAAGCUGCUCGGGCAGCAUCUAGAACUGAUGCGGCUCCAUCGUCCUGUGCUGUCAACCGGUGGUACAAAAAUGCCAACCUGGUGCUCUUUCAGUGCCUUGCAGCCAGCCACAGCCGGUGCAAAGCCACCCUUCGCUGAUGUGGCGGUCGAGAUUGAAGGGGAAGAGCGAAUCUAUGCGCACCGAGUCAUUAUUUCAGCUGCAUCACAGAAGUGGCACCAGCAACUCAGGGCUACCAAUGGUGGUGACUUACAGGUGCUCAAGAUCACCUCUUGCAAGAGUAUCGAGGUGGUGGGCUUCGCGCUGAGAUACCUCUACACAGGCGAUGUUGAGAGUACUUUCCAGAAGGACUCUACCAAGUUGCUGGAGCUGCUUCAAUUCUGUCGAAGUGAGGACCUGCCUUCUUCGCUUUGUGCUUGGGCUGCAGAUGGCUUGCUCCAAUCGGAGUCAGGCUUUGUGGCAACUUUGCUCUUGGAGGCGCCCAAAUUGGGCCUGCCCCCAGCAGCGCAGCGGUUUCUUGCGUACCGUUUCAUUUGCGAUGACGCUGCUUGGCAAGCUGCAGCAGAAGCGGAGGUCAAUGGCCACAACGGCAGUUCCAAGGUUCCGAUGCGCAGCGCUGCUUUGACAACUGCUCUAUCAGCACUUGAGUCAGCUCAAUUUGGUGCCUGAGAAGAAUUCGACACUUUUCAGUGGAGAAUUUCCGAUGGGCCGUGGCUGCUUCACGCCGCGCAGAUAAUGCACUGCAUGCGCCUUUGCAGCAGUAC